AAACUUUUUAUUCAUUCGUAUAACUUGGCGAUAUACGCCGAUCAAAGCAGUUUUAUUUGUGUUAGAAUGCUCCAAUGCGCUAUCUAAAGAGAACAAGCUAUGAAGGUGUUACAGAAAGCAGGGGGCACAUUUUGGACCAACUACUUCAGAUGCGUUACACUCCAUUCUUGGGAGACUGGAGAUUCGAUUCACGUGAUUCCACUUCGCCGUUACAACUACCGAACAGGCAGUAUAGCGACGCUGCCUGUUCGGAAUUAUUUAGCCCGGUGAUUACGUCAGUAUCACCGGGUGGCGCUGUGACAGGGAAUCUCGUCAACAGUUCUUUGAUCCCCACCCACAUGCAUGUCCGUCAGUACACACCCAUCAACCACCAAGCUGGGUUUGGCCAAGAUUUGAAGCGUUUUUUAAUGGAAGUAGGCACGGAUCCUAAGGAGGCUCGUUAUUGGUUGAAACAUUUUCAGCGAGCGACAGAUCCAUUCAAGCCCUUUGCUGUCAUCCAAGUCAGUCAGGAUGUUUUCAAGAACCCUGAUAUGCUGGAUCAGCUGGGUUCGUGCCUGGGAUUUCUCCAUAGACACGACAUGAAAUGCGUACUUAUCCACGGCCACACUGUGCCUGAUGAUAUGGAACUAUCUCUUGCACAUAUGCAGAAUGCAAGGUCUCAGCUGAUCAAUGACAGUAUGAUGUUAGUAAGCAUACUUGAAUCACAUGGAGUACUAGCUAGACCUCUCUUCAGUGGAAGCAACAUUCUGCAAGCUGACCAGGAAGCAAGUUGGGAUUUAAAGGGAACUAUAAAAAGUGUUAAUCUAGACCCAAUAAAGUGGACCUUAGCCUCGGGCCAUUUCCCCGUGAUACACACAAUAGGGGAGACAGCUGUGGGCCAGCUGGUGAACCUUGAUGUUACGCAAGUGACAUCACACGUGUCACAGGCUAUCAGACCUCUCAAGGUGAUGUUCUGUAACAACAGUGGUGGCAUCAUAGAUGAAGAAGGGCAGGUUAUUCCCAAUGUCAACCUCCCUGGGGAUCUGUCUAACAUGAACCACCAGCCAUGGAUCACCCCAGAGCUCAAAGAAAAGAUCAUGAAGAUAUCUGACUUGCUGAACAAGCUGCCCACUGAGAGUUCUGUUGUUAUUACAUCUGCCAACAAAAUUCUCACUGAACUCUUCACACACCAUGGUUCUGGUACAUUCUUCAAGAACACAGAGUCUAUUAACACAUACACUAGUCUAGAGGUGGACAUAGAACGAUUGUUGACCUUCAUAAACAAGUCAUUUGGAAAGGAUCUGAAGGAGGGCUAUCUAUCAGAGAUAGAAGAGAAGUUGAAAACACUCUAUUUGUCAAAGGAGUACAAUGCGGUUGCUAUGAUAACUAAUGAGCCAGGUAUAGAGACUGCUUACCUGGACAAGUUCGCCGUGAGCAUGAACAGCCAGGGACAGGGGACAAGUGAGAUGCUCUGGGAAUGUAUUAGACGAGACUUCAAAAGUCUCUUCUGGCGCUCUCGCUGUGACAACAAGAUCAACCCUUGGUACUUCAAGCAUGCAGAGGGGAGCUGGAGCAAUGGGGAGUGGACAGUGUUCUGGUAUGGUAUCCCUAACCCAAAGCAUGCCAGUCAGCUAGUGGAGUAUGCUCUGGCACUGGAUGCCUCAUUCCAGGGAGAAGGUAAGGAAGAGAAGAGAAAGCCAGAAGUUAGCCAAGUAUGAACUUUUGCUCAAUUUACUUAAAUUCAGCUGUAGAAUCAGCAUAAUAAGGAAAGACUAUUACCUUGGAUGAAAAGUGAAAUUUCAGUUGCGACUGUGAGGUCUAGCAGAGGGGUCGAUGCUUGAUUGAAGAUUUUACCACAAUGAUUACAAAGUUAGCAACCAAGUUGUUUAGUUGUAUAUUUUGGUUUUAAUCAAAUUAACGUCACUGUCAGUAACCUCUAUUAACUGAGAAUAUUGUGUAUAGAUUGUUACGGCUGAUAAAAAGGAAUUGAAAUGCUGAUCUCAACAGUUGAGUAUUUUGAAAUUUUCUUACUUUUUGCACGAAGAUAAUUUGUGAAAUUUAUAUUUUCACAUCCAAGUGAGAGAAAAUGCUGGAGAUCAACUUUGAAAGUAACUUGUAAUAUAUAUUCACACCUGGCUAGGCAUGCAUUGUCACUUUGUGGCUUAAAACAGGAAUCUGUUUACGUAGUCUGGGUUUAUCAGAAGAAAGUAGGACAAACCAGGCUUUCUGAGAAAAGAAUAGCCAAUUAGUGCUAAUGCAUGCCGAGGUGGUAGCAGUAUACCCAGUUUAUACAGGGUGUUCGUAAAGUCUCUUUGCACAGACUUUGAAUUGCAAAUGUAAAGAAACUUCGUGGGCACCCUGUAUAU